GCGACGGUGCUCCGGCGCGCGCGUGCGGCCUUUGCCUGGGCCUCGUCGAGCGGCCGGGCGAGCUGCUGGAGGUCCUGGCGGGCAAGCUGUCGGAAGGUGGCUUCGACGAUAAGAGGUGCGAGCUGAGCAUCUCGCUUCCGGUGCUCUGUGUCUUCCGACAAGAGCUCCUGCUCUGUUACCUGGAGAGCGUCGGCGGCAUGGGGGACUACUUGGACCUCAAGGACAGAGACCUAAUCCACAUGCUUGCUUCAAACCACCUGUCCAAGCUGGGUUGGACCCUGGAAGCCUGCCCAGCCGACAGCAGCGGGGAUUCAGUCCAAGAGGGCUCGGCGAGGGCCUCCGAGGUGGGCCGGCCAACUCGGACUUGGACUGCCUGCGCGGCGGCGGCGACAGGCCCAAGAAGAAGAGGAGUUGGCGUGCUGGCCCUGUCAGGCUACGGUGGAAUCCAACGCUACAACUACAAUCACAGAUGCGAUGGUUGCACAGGCUCUAGGCGGCCGCGACGCGGCGGGGUGCCUCGCGGUGGUGGGCGGCUCCUCCCUGACAGAACACCUCGGGCGCGUGGACGGGCGCGGCGCCGUGCAUCUCCAGAUAGGCCGGGAGAGCCUCUACAUCAGGGGCCGCUACCAGAAGCUGAGCCGCACGGUGCCCCAGUCGGCGCUGGCCACAGCGGCCUGGGCACGUCCUCGGUGGAAGAGCUCAUCACCAUUCCGAUAGCCAAGCUCUUCGGGGCGACCGACUGCAAGUUCCACGCUGAGGGCAGGGAGGACAUCGACGUCCGGAUGCUCGGCGCGGGCCGCACCUUCGCGGUGGAGGUCCAGAACGCGCGGCGGGCCUCGCCGACCAUGCAGGAGAGUCCACGGAGGCCGUGA